AUGCUUCUCCUCCCAGCUGCUGCCCUGUACUGUCUGUGUUCAGGUGAGUGUUUCAAUCAGGAGCCAGCAAACUCGACCUUUACCAAACACCGUCUCACUCAUCUGCUUUACCUGUGUGUGUGUGUGUGUGUGUGUGUGUGUGUCUGCAGCUCUGCUUUCAACAGCAGAAGAUCUGAUCCAGGAGGAUUUAACUCUGACCAGGAGAGAAGGAGAACAAGUCUCCUUCAGCUGUGAAACUGACAGAUGUUCUAGUAAAUAUGUAUUCUGGUUCCAGAAGAAAGACUCAGACACAUUUAAAGUGAUUCUUGAUAUUGACAGGAGUAGUGGUGAACUAGAUAAAAGCUACAAUCAUCCUGAGAAAGAUGAUUUCUCAGCUGUGAAAAUUCAGAACAGCUGGGGUUUGCAGAUCCAGACAGUUAAAGUCUCUCAUUCAGCCACCUACUACUGCUCCUGUUGGAAAAGGGAGACCCACAGUGAGAAAUGAAGAGAGCAGGCUGAACAAAAACCAAGAGAUGAAGAGAAAACCACAGACAGAGUCACAGACACACUGAACUGAGAGACUCCUGUAUUCACUGCUGUCAGGGUGUUAUUAUAGAUCUUUGAUUUCAUUUAGUUAUUAUAUAUAUAUUUUUAAUCAAAACUGUAUUUGCAGGUUUAUUGUUGUUCAACAAAGUAAAGAACAAAGUAAAAGAAGCUGACAGUUACCUGUCUGAAAGAAAAGGAGAUGAAGCCUUCAGUGAAACUGUCAGUACGUUUACAUGACACUCGAGAAAACCGAAUUAUCGCCUUAUUCCGAUUAAGACCAGACAACUGAAGUGCAUGUAAACACCUUAGUCCGACUAUAAUUGGAGUUUGAGAACUACGAUUAUAGUCGGAGAACUCAGAUUAAGACACCCAGAUAAUGUGAUUGGAAUUCGAUUUUCUACCAUGUAACCAGCGUAGUCGGAGUAUGAUUAGACAAUGCAUGUGCGCAUCCGCCACGCCCCUGUAACAAAAACACCAAAGAAGAAGCGGUGCUAUCAUUUAAAGAACUUUCAACUCAGAAGCAACGAAAGAAUGUCCGCUUUUAGAACAACGAGAAGAGCGCCAUAAUUAUUCCCGUCCUGUCAGAAAUGGACAUUUUAAAGAAUAUGGACGGUCGCAAAACAAGCCAAAACACCUCAACAGCACAUCUAAACAACAGCUAAAAAGAAGACGUUACCAUCUCAACAGUAUCAAAUGCACUCUAUAACAGUAGCUCACGAAACUCCAAUCUCACCAUAACAAACCUCGAUCAUAACAACUAGCCCAAAAAUCCUCAACAGGACACUUAAACAACAGCUAAACACAAAACGUAACCAGCUAAACAGUAUCAACUGCACUAAAUACAACAGUAACUCACGAAACUCCAAUCUCACCAUAACAAACCACAAUCAUAACAAGCCAAAACACCUCAACAGCACACCUAAACAACAGCUUAACACAAGACAAAACCAGCUCAACAGAUAUCAGUCUCAACUGCACUCUAUAACAGUCAUUUCAUUUAGUUAUUAUAUAUAUAUAUAUUUUUUUUUUUAAUCAAAACUGUAUUUGCAGGUUUAUUGUUGUUCCACAAAGUAAAGAACAAAGUGAGAGAAGCUGACAGUUACCUGUCUGAAAUAAAAGGAGAUGAAGCCUUCAGUGAAACUGUCAGUACAUUACAUGACACUCGAGAAAACCGAAUUAUCGCCUUACUCCGAUUAAGACCGGACAACUGAAGUGCAUGUAAAGAAAUGGACAUUUUAAAGUAUAUGGACGGUCGCAAAACAAGCCAAAACACCUCAACAGCACAUCUAAACAACAGCUAAAAAGAUGUAACAAUCUCAACAGUAUCAAAUGCACUCUAUAACAGUAACUAAAACACCAAAGAAGAAGCGGCGCUAUCAUUUAAAGAACUUUCAACUCAGAAGCAACGAAAGAACGUCCGCUUUUAGAACGACGAGAAGAGCGCAAAACAAGGAACGGAGACAUCUUUAAAAAUGUCUGGAAACAGCGCUGUAGAGGUUUGAAUUAGUGCUUGGUAACUUGCAAUGGAUUACUCAGCUUGGCACUUAGUUACUUCCACAGGCAGUGUCUGCCGCUAGCCCAGCUACACAGGUCAACAAAAUCCAUUCUGGAAACGUUUUUGUGGUGAAGAGAAAAUGUAAAAAAUCUUCUGGUUUACAUCCAAGGAUCCACAAAACUGAAGACUGGAGCUGAAUAAUACUAAAACACUUGUUGUAACUAAGCAGUAGCAGUAGCAGAUAAGAAAACCAUUUGCUCCUCUAGCUCCAAGCAUUGACUGACUGCAUCGUCUCUGUGUCCACCAAAAACAAACGCACAUGCUGUCUUAAAGGGGAAGCAGAGCUGUUAUAAAAAAACAUUUACCAAAUCACAUGAAAGAUGAAUUUUAGCAUAUUUUUAACAUUUUGACCACAAUAUGAACUUAUAAAUGAAAUUAUGUAUUAUUAAAUCAUCUAUUUUUAUACUGUCAACUUAUUUAUCUUUUUUAACACAUUUCAAUCAUGUUAAUUGUAUUCAUAACCAUGAACUAUUCUUCCGCCUCUACAUACCCGGCCCCUAAUUGCUUUCUAGGGUAGAAACAAUUACAACUUAUAUGAACAAUGUCCCUUCUUUUUUUUUUUUUAUAAUGUCUUUCUUCUGAGUAACACUCAGGCAAUUAAAAGUCUCAAUCAGGUGAGUAACAGUCCUUCUCGUACUGCUUCUUGAAGUAAGCAGAGCUUAGUUAUUGGUCUCUCAAGUUCAUUAGUUUUCGUCUUGACUCAAACCUUGCAGACCAUUCCAUGCUCAUCCUCCAUAGUCUUGACGAUCCUUCCCAGCAGCCAUGAUCCCCUAGGUGCUGACUCAUCAACGAUCAAAACUACAUCUCCUGGGAUGAAGAUCCGUGAUGAGCUUAGAGAUAAUGGUGCGCAUAUUAGCAGCAUUUUCCAUCUCAUCUAAGUACUCGAGGUCAGACAUUGCGUUGCUGCAACUUGUGAGAAAGAGGGCGUAUGACUCAAGUGCUUUGCUGUCUUCUGUUUUUAUGACAGGCCAGUUUAACACCUUGUCCAGAUAAGCCACGGAUAUCUUGUAUUUAUCUCCAAAGCGUUCUUUCAGAAGACUCUUGGCUUCAGGAUAGCCCUGUUCUGGGUGCAUGUGAAAGCAACUGCGCACUAAGUCAUUAGGCUGUCCAGUAGUGUGUUGCUCUAAAUAGUAAAGACGAUCUUUGCUAUUUUCUGUCUUACUCUCCACGCUGUGUUCGAACGCUCUCAUGAAGAGGCAGUAUUCUAUUGGAUCACCUUUGAAAACUGGGAUGUUCUGAGGUGGCAAUGUAGAGAGCUUCUGUUGCUUUAUUAGGCUUUCUGUGAUGUCGUUUUGGCGUUGCAUGACAGUAACCAGUUUAUCUGCGCUCACAGAAUUGUCCAUUGCAUAAACAGGGGCUUGUAUCACACUAUCAUAUGAGUUUCCUCUUAUUGUGUGGAUAUAUUGACCACCACUGUCUGCUGCAACACUCCUAUUGACGUCUUGGUUCACUGGAGCAGACAUUAGCGCAUCCACCUUGCUUCCUUUUGAUCUGACAGACACUUCUGAGCCUUCAUAUUUCUGUAGCACAGCCAAUUGCGCAUCAGCUAUAGCAAGCCCGGCUUGUAGCUCUAACUCUUCUUUUUCUGCCUUUAGCUGUAGCUGUAGCGAAAGCUCAUGUUUUUCCAAAGCCUGUUUUUUCCUCAAUGUAGCUGACAUGGCUAACAGAGCAGCUCUUCCUAGCUCCAUCUUUAAGCGUUCAGAACGAACUGACAAUAUAGCUGAAGCAGCACUGACAGACUUGGAUUUUUUAGAUUUUUCGGAUGUGACUGACACACUGUCUUCAGGUCGAAUCUCAUCACUAACCUUUUUAGCUUCUUCUUGGCGUUGUUUAGCUGCCUCUAUCCAUGAAUUCACUUCUUGUAUGAAGUUAGUGUGCUCACUAUUUCUCUGCUCAAACCAGUCCCUUUGGUCUGCUUUCAUGUUCUCUUCACAUCCUGUCUGGCAGAAUAGGUCUUUAACAUGCUUGUUUAUUUCACUGAAUUCUUUCAUCAGUCCAUUAUAGUUGGUAAACUUUUCUUUUCCGAUAGUUUGCACAUUUGCAUCAUCAUCCAUUAAAGCAUGCAACUCGUUCCUUUUCCCAGUAAGUUGGCCAGGUAUAGCUCUUCUUGAGGCUAUUUUUGUUUGCAGAUUAUGCUCCAAUGCUUUAAGUGUUGGUUUAAAAACUCUCUUUACUUUUUCAUUUUCCUCUUCCUCAGUUAGUUCUACUGUCUCCUCUAUUUCUGUUCCUGCCAUGCUUACUUUGCAGUUGGUUGUUCCAGUAAUUACACAGAUCCCAUUUGCUAACCAACAGUCAAUGCAAACAGCAAGCGAGCCUCAGUGAGAUAGCGUCUCUCCACUUGCUAGCUAAGAUGUUAGCUUAUUACUCACAAGUCACUUGUUGCCUCAGUAGGCUAACUGAGGAUAUUCUUUCAGGUCCAUCUUUGAAUCUUGAAUGUGCUCCACUUUCCACAAACCUCUCCACAGGCCCACAAUGUCCAGCCGGUUUUCUUACUAAUGUAGAAGUUUGAAUUAGUGCUUGGUAACUUGCAAUGGAUUACUCAACUUGGCACUUAGUUACUUCCACAGGCAGUGUCUGCCGCUAGUCCAGCUACACAGGUCAACAAAAUCCAUUCUGGAAACGUUUUUGUGGUGAAGAAAAAAUAUAAAAAAUCUUCUGGUUUAUUUCUUACAUCCAAGGAUCCACAAAAUUAUGAAGACUGGAGCUGAAUAAUACUAAUACACUUGUUGUAACUAAGCAGUAGCAGUAGCAGGUAAGAAAACCGUUUGCUCCUCUAGCUCCAAGCACUGACUGACUGCAUCGUCUCUGUGUCCACCAAAAACAAACGCACAUGCAGUCUUAAAGGGGAAGCAGCCCUGUUAUAAAAAAAAAUUUACCAAAUCACAUGAAAAAAUUUAGCAUAUUUUUAACAUUUUGACCACAAUAUGAACUUAUAAAUGAAAUUAUGUAUUAUUAAAUCAUCUAUUUUUAUACUGUCAACUUAUUUAUCUUUUUUAACACAUUUCAAUCAUGUUAACUGUAUUCAUAACCAUGAACUAUUCUUCCGCCUCUACAAGCGCUAUAUCUUGUGUCAUGUAAAGUUUUGUUCAAUUCUGAUGAUGUUUAGUGGAUGAAUCAGCGCUUCAAACACUCAGUCCAUGAAUGAAGACUGGCGUGUGCAACACCGAAGGGGUUAAAAUUAUGUGCUGGCUCAAUCUGUUGUAUCACUGUGGGACAGUAAAAAUGAAGGGGUAGCUACAGCUUGGUCUGCACGAUCACAGCUGAGGACCUCUUUGGAAGCAGUAUGGCAGGGGAGUGGGCAGGGCUGGACCUGACAUAUCCAGAAGUCCCUGGUCCUCAGAAGUUUCUGGAGAAUGAGCGGUCAUGGUUGAGUCUCUAGGCUGAGUUAGUGCUAACCAAGGCUGACCCAGGACUGCUGCACCUAUCAGGGGUAACCUGGUAGGUCUUCUGAUGGGGCACCACCUACUUGAUCAUGUGGAUGUUGAUCUGGUUCUAUCAGCAGAAUGUAUCUACCAGAGCUUUCUUCAGGGAGUGAGGCGGAGCCAUCACCACACAACAGACACCAACCCUUAUUACUGACCUUUGCCCUGCCAAGGUCUGCCUUCCUCUGCUGCCCCAAAGAAGAGGUGAGAAUACUUUACACAGUCCAAUGGAGAUGAGGUCUCAUCGGGAUAACGAGGCCAUGCAGGUCUUUGUGUCUGACAGGGUUCCUGUACUUUUGGACUCUGAGCAGGGAAGCUUUAGGAAGUGUUCUUCUUUCAGGACCAGACUCAAAGUGAACACCAUGUUUGUACAUCUACAGCAAACGAGGCGAAUAAUGAGAAAGAAGAGGAUCGAGUUCAUUCAGAAGGAAAUAUGGAGAAGAAGAAGAAGAACUUGAUGGUCCAUAGAUCCACCGAUCUGCUGGAGUCCAGAAAGAGGCUCAAAGAAGAGACAGUCAUGUUGAUGUGGACUUUAGAGAAAGUGAUCCUGGAUCUGAAACAUGAUCCUGGUUCAUCAUCUGACUCACUCAGCUGCUCUCAGGUUUUUGUACCACUGUUUCUCACUGUGGGACCCAACAAUGACUACUACAUCUUCGGCUCUGGGACUAAACUGAUUGUAACAGGUAAGAACAAAAACUUUAUCUUUAUUGUUUGAACUGAUUUAUAAAACCUCAAAAUCUCUCCACAAAUCUGAAGUUAUUGAUGAAUUUCUGAUAAAUCUGAGUUUGAUAUGAAAUGUUGAGACAGUGUCACCUCUAUAUUUGGUCCUCUCUGUGAGUCAGAACCAUCAUUUCUUUAUUUAUAAUGUUAAGACAGUCAAAUUAAGCUCAUGUCAAUUAUAUCAAUAUGAGGCACCAAAAACCUUUGUGUGGGAAUAUUUGUACAAGUAGACAGAUACUCAAUAUUAUCAACUAAUAUUGACAAUAAAUGUGAUUGAAUCUAGAUCUAUGGAUAAACUAUAGAAGUGUUUAUAUUUAAAUAUAUAAGGAAAUAUUAUUUAUUAUUGUCUGUAAAUGAAGCUUAAAAAUGAGAUUACAGUCAAACACAUGGAGGAUGGUACAGAGGUAUGAAGAGUCUGAGUGUUUGUACAAAUUAUUAUAUUCAAACAGGAUUAAUGAUCUUAUCCUAAGUAUAUUAUAUUAUAUUAUAUUAUAUUAUUUAUCGGCAGCUCUGAUGUUUUUCUAAUUCUUUAACAGUAAUGUAGAAUAAUAAAUAAAUUACUGAUAUAAUGAUUAAUCACUUCUCUAAAAAGAGCUGAAUGCUCAGACUUACAACCUAAAAAUGUAGAGGAUAAUGUAAGGACUAAAAUCACCAUUAAAUUCUCUGAGAAUAAAAAUGUGUGUAUAUUAUGGACAAAGUAUUUUAAAGUUUAUUGAAAACAGUAAUAAAGUUGUGAUUCAGCUUUGUUGUAAUUAAAUAGUAUUUGUAGUUUUAUAACUGUUUCAAUGAUUUUAAUUUUUGUGAGUUAUGGAAAGUCAGAAAAUGUUGUUCAAGACUUUACAGUGUGUGUGUGUGUGUGUGUGUGUGUGUGUGUGUGUGUGUGUGUGUGUGUGUGUGUGUGUGUGUCAGAGAAGCCCGUGGUGAAGCCCGUGGUGAGUGUGUACCCGGCAGCAUCCAGAGCCCAGCUGGAGGGGAAGAGCUCCCUGCUGUGUGUGGCCUCAGACAUGUUUCCUCCUCUGGUCCAGAUCUCCUGGAGAAGACGGGAGGAAGACGGUUCUCUGAAGGAGCUGUCCUCUGCUGAAGGAGAGCAGCUGGAGCUCAGAGAGUCUGGACGCACAGUCUCCAUCCUGAUGAUCCCUCAGAGGGAGAACAGAACAGACAGAUACCUCUGCACGGUGCUGCACGAGGGGGGCAGCGUGGACGCUCACGCUGAACAAGGUCCAGAAAGCUGGGUGUCUAAUUCAGCUUGAUUAGAUUGGAGAUGGUGGAGCAGAGGACUGACCUUUCUUUUACUCUUUGUCUCUAACAGAAGUUCCUGCAGCUCCUGAAACCUCCUGUCCUCUAGAGAGAGAGCCGACUGAGCCGUCAGCCCUGCAAGAGACCGACUGUAAGAAUCAGGACAACUUUCUGAACCCUCAGAGGGAAGUUCAGGCACUGCUUUAA